CAGAAAGGUGGAUGAGCGCGUGUGCUGGUCGCGAGGAGGAGAGAGCACGAGAUGCUGCUGCUGCUGCUGACACAUUCCUUAAAAGAUGUGUAAAAUGGCGCAAGUGUGUCGGAGCCAACGGCUGUAGUAGUUCGGAUCGAGAGGAACUGAUUUACUGCUUCCCCAUCAUCUUCUUCGCUCUCGCUUCACCUUCUUCUUUUGCAUCCCGUCUAAUUUUCAAUGUGAUUAAAUGGCUUCCGGACGGCGCCGCCAGGCUCCACGCUCACUCGGAAUACUCCUGCUCGCUAUUGUCGGUAUGACCUGCGGGGGCGAGCUGUCGUUCACCUUGGAGCCCAGUGACAUUAUUGCUGUUCAGGAACAACCUCUGAUGCUGCACUGUCAGGUGGAGGGCAUCCCACCCAUCGCCACACAGUGGAGACGCAACGGAGCUCUGAUAGUGGAGGACCAGAACUAUGUCAUGUUUGCUAAUGGCUCGCUUCUGAUUAGUCACUUCCAGAAGACCAAGUCUGACGGCUCGUCUGAUGAGGGAGAUUACGAGUGCAUAGCCCAAAACUUCUUUGGGCUGGUCUUGAGCCGCAAAGCCAGAGUACAGGCUGCUACAAUGGCAGAUUUUCAUGUGCAGCCGCGCUCAGUGCGUGCAGAGCUGGGAGGUGUCGGGCGAUUUCAGUGCCAAAUCCAUGGCCUGCCUGAGCCAGUCAUCAGCUGGGAAAGAGACGGGCGACCCGUGGAUACCUCUGAUGACAGGUUUACUUUGCUGCCCACGGGUGUGCUGCAGAUAACGGGCGUUCGCCCUGAGGACAGUGGGAUGUACUGCUGUGUUGCACACAACAGUGCGGGAGUCAAACACAGCGCAGGAGCGCAGCUCACGGUCUCAGGCUCCCAGUCAUCUGUUUACAAAGAACCCAUGAUCCUAGUGGGCCCUGAAAACCUCACUCUCACAGUUCACCAGACCGCCAUCUUAGAGUGUGUUGCCACAGGUUAUCCUCGACCAAUCGUUUCAUGGAGUAGACUGGAUGGCCGGCCAAUAGGAGUUGAGGGCAUCCAGGUUCUAGGAACAGGAAACCUGAUGAUCUCUGAUGUCAGAGUUCAGCAUUCUGGUAUUUACGUCUGUGCGGCCAACAAGCCAGGAACCCGUGUGCGCAGAACUGCUCAGGGACGCCUAGUUGUGCAAGCCCCUGCAGAGUUUGUGCAGCCCCCUCAGUCUAUCGCUCGCCCGGUGGGCACCACUGCCAUCUUCACUUGUUUGGCCCAGGGUGAGCCGGUCCCACAGAUCACCUGGCUGAAAAAUGGACAAAUCUUAGAGCCCGAUGGCCAUGUCAAACUCAGGAACAACAAUAGUACUCUGACCAUCUAUGGAGUGACCCAGGAUGAUGAGGCCAUAUAUCAGUGCAUUGCAGAGAACAGUGCCGGCUCCACACAGGCCAGUGCCCGUCUGACUGUGCUGUGGGCUGACGGAUUGCCGGGUGUGCCCACGGGCGUACGUGCAGAAGUCCUUUCUCCAACCACCAUUCAGGUGUCCUGGAACGAGCCCACCCAAAACACUCAGGACAUAAUUGGAUAUGUGUUGCAUAUCCGCAAGACUGCUGACCCAGUUGAGAUGGAGUACCAGGAGGCUGUGAGUAAAAUGACCCUGCAGCAGGUUAUUGGAGAUCUGGAGCCUUCCACCAGCUACAGCUUCUAUGUAAAGGCUUACACAUCCCGCGGAGCCAGCAAAGCCUCUGAGACGGCAGUGGAGAGCACUCUGGGAGAAGUCCCUGCUCCACCAGCCUUGUUCACGAAAGUGAUUAAUUCGACGGUGGUCCAGGCCACAUGGGAGCCCUCCACUAAGAUGGGCCAGCAGGAAGGAUUCAGUCUCUACUACCGUAAGGUUUCUGUCCCAAUCUUCACUGGACCCCUUACCUUCCCACGUAAUGUGACCCAGUACAACAUCACUCAGCUGGAUCCGUCUUUUGUGUAUGAAAUUAAGAUUCUGGCUUUUAACCAGCAUGGAGAGGGCAAUGCCACGAUGCGCUUUGUGUCGCUCAAGGAAGCGGUGGAGAAAUCAGUGCUAAAUACCCCUUGCAACUGUGUAAAAGACGAGCAGAAUAAAAGCUCCACCACAGGCAUCAUCAUCGGCAUCCAUAUUGGAGUCACUUGCAUCAUUUUCUGUGUUCUUUUCCUCAUGUUUAGCUACAGGGGCAGGUUGAUGAUGUGUAAAACCGUGCAGGCCACCCGACAGGCGGGCCGCAACCCAGCAGCAGGAGUCGCGCUUGAAUCCUCCUCUUCCUCACAGGGGGCUCUGGCCCUCAAUGGCCCCCACAGGUUCAGCUCAGACGGGAAUGGAGGAACCCACACUGCAAAGAGCUGCACCGACUCCAACGAGAUGGAGAGACUUUUCUCAGGACCAUCCCACUUCUCCCAUCCACCUGACACCACCCACACAAUCGAGAGCUCCUUGGUCUCUUGUCCGUUGAAUGAAACCCAGAUGUCCACACUUCCCCUUGAUGACUUUAGCCUGAUGGAGGAGUGUGAGGUGCAGUUCCGGCAGCAUCCAGCAGAGGGCCAACUGGAUGAGGUCUGAUAAAGAAAUAAAGGCCAAGAAUAUCCUCUACUCAGACUCCUGUCCAACUCAGGUCAACUGAAAUAUUCAUCUUUUUUAGUUCUGUUUUUAUCGUGCAAAGAAUAUAUUAUUUGUAAGUUAAGUUCCCUUUGUGGGAAUCACUGGACUGUAAUGCCGAGGGGUCCCUGUGGCCUCAUGGAUAGGUGAGGUUCUGUGAUGGACAUCUAUUAUUUCUCAUUGGUAGGUGAACAAAUUCACUCUUGCAGUUAAAGAUGGCAGCGUACAGUGAAAGUCUAAAGUCACUAGUAUAUAUAAUUGAUUUUAUUGGGCUUCUUCUGCACAACAGAGAAGGAUUUUUCCUACUAAAAGAUAUAUCCGACUUGCUGCCUCCUCUUAACCUACCAAUGAUUUCACAAGCCCAUCCAUCAGAGACUAAGAUCUUCUUCCAGGGAUUUCAAUUUAUUCUCAGGACUUUUUUUUCACUGAUAUCAAUGUUUUGUUGUGUUUUUUUUAAAGUAGGUUUUAGUCUCCAUGAAGACUUUAGACUCGGCUAUGUGAACCUUAGAAUUUGCAACAAAAAGCCUACCUCAGCUGGAAUGAAUGUCUUGUAGGAAGUCUUUGAGAUCUGCAUAUUGCUGUCUGUUCUGUUUUUAUACACAUCAAGCGUUCAGUCAAAAGAGAAAAAGGUGCUUCUCUACCUCAGAUUUCAAGGACUGCCGCUCUCCUGCUCGUUGAAGCGAAACAAGAAAAAAAUCCAACAUAUAGCACUUCCAAAUGUUGAAGUCAAUGUUCUACCUCAAAAUAACAAUGUUGUUAUUGUCGUUGUGGUUAUUUUCACGUAUUGAAACAUAGCCUCUUGUUUGUGAGAUCCUGGCUUCACUAUGUUAAUGAAUUGCUGUGUUUUGAUAUGUCAGUACCUCAUGCCAGUUGACAGAUGACAUUGUUCUAUGAAUUCUGCUUGUAAAGAUGUUUUGAUAGUGUCCUUGUAUUCACGUAGGAUUCUUUUGGUUCUAUGUUUCCUGAUCAGAGUAUUUUUAUUUCAAUCGUAGUCGACGCAGUAAAAUGGAAAGACUUUUUAAGAUAAACUGCACUGUUACUAAUGUCUUCAGGAUAAAAAAAAAUUACUGCUCUCAGAUGAACCGUUGGAAGAAGAAAGGCCACCAUAGGCAACGCUGGAUAUAAGCAUACGAAAUGAUGUUUAGGUAUUUGAAUAGUUUGACUUCAUGUGUUUUUGCAUGUCAUGUAACACAAAAGAACUGGAAAGAUCGACAAGUGUGUAAAGCGUUCUUUACAAAAUUAAGCACAUGCUGUUUCUAUGGGUGCUGAUAGAAGUAAAUUGUGACAUAGUUUAGGUGCGCGUAUCACGUGUCGUGAUAUUUCAUGAAAAAUUGAAAUGUGGUUAUAGGAGCUGUGAUCAAUUUCGAAGCUCUAGCACCCUUAGAUACUGUUAAAUCUGUUCAGAUACUCCGCUGCAUGUUAUGACGGGAACGCCAAACUAUGGAAGAACUGGGCAUUUUAGAAUUCUCCAGGAAGUGAACAUUCCAUUAGAAGCCAAAGCCACUGGAGAUUCUCACGGCUUCUAUGUGGAGUUCCAUCAUUUUUUUAAUAUCCCAUGCCCCUCGUCCAUGUUUUUAGUGCCACAUUGAUCAGGGAGCACAAAGUGCAUCAUACAUACGCACAUGACUCGCACACAUAACAUCUGUUGGCAUUAGAUUCUCAGAAUACUGAGUAGAGGAUGAUGCCUGAACUACCGCUGGUCAUCUCUUCAUAUAUCUGACCAGCUAAUGAAUCGCUUUUCAAUUGCUUUUCACUGUGUGCUCAGCCACCCAAUCCAAGACCAGCUGUUUCUUUUAGCGGGGAGGGAGAGUUGAAAGUACCAGCAAGAUGUUCUUUCUCCUCUUGUGUCCCAUAAUGCUAUGGUACAUAUAUAUUUUUUUAGUAACCUACCUCGACACAGCAGUCAUGCUCUCAGGUUGCUCCUACUCUGAUUGGGAGAUUGUAUUUUUUGUAUAGUACACAUACACACACACACACACACACACACACACACACACAUACACACAUCAGAGGAGAACAUCUCCUCUGGACCCUUUAGCAGAUCAGUGCGUUGCAUUAGCUUUUCAUGCGCUUUGAUUUUAUUGAAUGUAUAGUUUUAUUUUUGUCUCAUUGUUAUCAAAUAUUCAUGUUUACUUUAUUCCGGCUGGUUCAGAUGACUGAUCUAACGGUUUUGCCACUAUCAUUUUUUUAUUAUUAUUAUUAUUAUUUAAUAAUGUAAACCUCCUCAUCAUUGUGUGUAGAUAAUGAGUCAAAUUCGCAUAUUUUCAUAACGCCCACGAAUUCUGUAAUUAAUCUUUUUUAAAGAAAUGGACAAAGUAAGCCUAGAUAAUCAAAAAAAAUCCUAUUCAUGUAAGGUAUAUUCCUUCAAAUACUGGUUCUGGAACAGAAUUGCACAGUAUAUUACAGUGUAGAAAAGACUCAAACAAUGUGCUGUAUAUUUAUUGUACCGAUUGCAUUGUAGUGUUGUCAAUGGAGACUGUAGAAGCUUUUGUGUUGUCUGUAUACAGAUAAGUGCUCAAUUCUUUGGCUGUGUUAAAUAGAAUUAAUGAAAAAGAUUCUGAACAACGAAAGGAAUGUGAUACGCUGUGCUGUAGAACUUUGUCCUUAAUAAUGAAAGUCCUCUAUGAAAUAUCUAUUGUACAGUCUUGGUGCUCUUGGCAUUCUUGUAAUAAGACAAAACGUUUUCAUCUGUUGUGUAAUGCGAUACAAGCAAUUCUCAAUGCUGUUACAUUUCCAAAAGUCAUCUGCAGUUUUGUUGCUUUUUUCCUGAUAGAUUUGGUCUUGUGAGGUUUGUAAACUACUAGUGUGCAGAUCAGUACAAGAAAAACAGUAAUGAGCAUCAUCAGGCUUUAGGAUUACAGUCUUGAUCAGUUGACUGUCUUACAGAAAGCAGGUCUUGAUUCGGUUGAAUUAGGGUGCGUGUUCGACCACAAACGGACAGCUGCUGUUUUCAGUUCAUCAGUUCAUAUCUUACUUGUCUGUGCUACCUCAGACUGAUCUCUUUUUUCUGAUGUAGAGAUUCAUCCUGAACUUUUCACAGAGGUAUUUAGCCCUUAUCUGGCAUACGUUGUUCCUGUGGUGAUGAUAAUCCUCAUGCUGAAAACUGUUACUGUGAUAAAGCAUUAGCUCCACAGGCUUUCUGAGCAGCUCCUAGUGCUUGAUCUCGCUUUGUUUCCAUUCAAUAUUUAGUAUCGUUUCUGGCUGGAGUCCAUGAAAGAACAAAGAACAUGUUACCAAAAUGGCCCCUCGUCUCUAGAACCCACCUCGCACAUGUAUACACACACACACACACACACACACACACACACACACACGGUCACAUCCCUGUAAAGAAAGACAUGUUUGUGUCAGCAUUAGUCCCGUGUCCCAGAUUUCCCCAGGGAGACUCGGGGAUGAGGCAUUAACAUGUAGCAGCCUCAGCUCCUGCCAGCGCUAUGGCAACACCGACCCAUUCACAGCAACAGAAAGACGUUCAAACUUCGAAUCUGUAAAACAAACAGCUUUUUGUAGAGGAUAAUAUGUACCAGUUUCACUCUGUUAAGCCCCUUUCAGGACCUGGGAUUACAUGGGAGUGCACUUUUUGCUUUUGGUGAGGGGACCAAUAGCAGCCCAGCUGAGAGGAAUUUUUAUGCUCGCUUUUACAGUUUCACACACACAGAGGCUUUAAACUUGUGUAUUUGAAGCAAUCACAGCAUGAGGUUUUUAGAAGCGACUGGGGAUUUCUGAUGUCACCAUGUGAAAAUCUGAUGGUGUCCAUUACUGUUUGCUGUACUGUUCAUAAAAAUUCAUGGGAGAUGUUUAUAGCGAUACUCUUACAAUGGAAGCCUGUGGGGUUUAAAAAUAGAAUGUGAAUUAUUCAUGAAAUACAAUUUACUAAUUGAGCUCUUAAGAUUUCUACUUUUCUAGCAGAACCAAUGGAAUUAGUUUAGAUGGAUGAGGAAGAAUCCAUUUAAUGUGCGUUACAGUUACUUCUUACAGGUUAUGCUUUUGACACAUACAUAUUUUUUAUAUGUAUUCCCACUUGACUUUUAGGAUUCCGUAGUAAGUUUAUUGCUGAACCUGUAAUAUUCAUAAUUGUCACUGUGAAGUACUAAAGUAUAAAUCCUGUGCUGUUUCCACAGGUUUCUUUGUGCUGUUUUAAAAAUUAAUAGUGAUAAAAAGGAAUAAUUUACAGAUUAGUUCAAGGCUAGUUGGCAAGCACAAACUGAAUGGCACUCCUGCAUUUCUUGAUAAAAAUGAACAAAGAAUCAGAUUUGAUCCUCUUUUAACCUCAUCUCACAUUAAUCAGUAUUGGUUAAAAUACAGUGAAUGUGAAGAUGACCGUCACUUCUUUAAAACUGUGUUCAUGACUGAAACACUGAAUCUCAAUUUAUGGUGCUAUUUGUGUCAGAUAUUCAGCUUAUUCUUCUGUUUGGACAUAUUCAUUUCCUCUUUCACAAAAAAAAAAAAAAAUUCGGAGGUGAAUUUCACCUUGCGUUCACAACCGCACUGUAAAGUUCUGUAUUAAAGACCUGUAUAAAACUUUGUGAAGACUUGACAGAUUGAUUUACCGUCAACGUGUGCUUUGUUCAUUAAAGGAAAUGAAGGAAAUUAUGCAUCAACGUCUCAGCGCAAACUGUAUUUGUGUAUAGCUAUUUAACCACCCUCGGAGCUGCAUAUGAUUAUGGAAAUGUAACAUUCUUGCAGGGUUAGCACAGACUGUUCAAAUGUGUGUCUCUGUAAUCCACCAUACAAACUUUAAUUCUGGAGCUCAGCAGGAAAACGGGCAUGACAGCGAUGCCUGGGGACAAACUCCAGCAAGCACGGGGCUUUUGUGCUGCGUAUGACCCUUCAGCAAACCCUUUCUCCGUUCAGCCGUUUCUCUUCACAUGAAGGGUGUCAUUUUAGAGGAAAUGAAGAGAGCACAAAAGAUGACGCUCAACUGAGCAGGUGUGAGAUGUUCGGUUUUCUACCGUUCAGUUCUUCAUGUAACUCGCUCUCUGUAAUUCAGGUCCGGGUGAAAUUACUGUUUCUGCUGCAUUGGAAACACUGUUUCUACCAGUUUUGUCUUCUCCAGAUUUGAUGUCUAACCCCCUCUGACCACAAGACGGUCAGUGCUGUGUAUGUACAUAUGCAUAUAUUUGUAUGUGUAUAUGUAUAUUUAUAUGAAGAAAGAAUACUAGACCGUUUCUAGUGGUUUGUAUUGUUUUAGGGUUUAUUGUGAAACACUGUUUAAAGUCAAUAACAAUGAUGACAAUAAACUAGUUCUAGUUUUAAAAAACGA